AGCAGCAUAGCGGAUCGUUUCUCAACGUCUUACACCUUUUGUUCUCUACAUUCAGGCGCAGAGACGCGCACGGGCUGACUUUUAGCCUGUGUAUUUCUGGAUUUGCCCCCACAGCAUCUGAAUUUUGUAUUUCUUCCGCUCCGUCUCCCUCGGACCCGGUGUGGAUUUUACGCGUUUUCUGACCUCUUCCUCGGACCUCCGGAGCUGUGCCCCCGGCGCUCCGUGCCUACGAGCCAUGGCGCGCUCCUUACUGCCGUGUCUUCUGCUGUUUGUAUCGGCGCAGACGAUCUUUUCCUUGGGGGUCUUCGAGCUGAAGAUCAACUCCUUCACCAGCGCGCGCAGCGUUUGUCAGCUCCAGAUCGAGGACUGCCAGAUCUUUUUCCGCGUGUGCCUCAAGCACUCGCUUGACAACCAGGAGCCGCCCUGCACUUACGGAAUCGCGUUCACGGAGAUCUUCGGCGCGGACUCCAAAUCCAUAUCCGGGAGCGCGCCCAUCAAGGUGGACAUCUACUUCAAGUGGCCGGGGACUUUCGCUCUGAUCAUUGAAGCAUGGAACGCGGAGUCUUCAGGUCUGGAGUCUACAGAAAACCAGAAUAACCUCAUCAGUCGACUGGCGACCAGCCACAUACUGAGAGUUGGGAAGGACUGGUCCCAGGAUAUGCAGAGGAUAGGCAACCAGAGCGAGCUCCACUACUCCUACCACAUAGUGUGCAACGAGCACUACCACGGCGAGGCCUGCUCCUCCUACUGCCGGCCCCGCAACGACACCUUCGGCCACUACACCUGCGACGACAACGGAGACCGCCACUGCUUGGGGGGCUGGACGGGCGAGUACUGCGCUGACCCCAUCUGUGCUCCAGGUUGCAGUGAGGAUCACGGCUUUUGCGAGUCUCCCGGGGAUUGUGUGUGCCGCCAGGGCUGGCAGGGCGAGCACUGCGACGAGUGCGCCCGACACCCCGGUUGCGUCCACGGGACCUGCCUGCAGCCGUGGCAGUGCAACUGCCAGGAGGGAUGGGGAGGACUGUACUGUGACCAAGACCUGAAUUACUGCACCAACCACAAGCCGUGCCAGAAUGAUGCCUCGUGCACCAACACCGGCCAGGGCAGCUACACCUGCACCUGCAGGCCCGGGUUCACCAGCAAGAACUGCGAGAUUGAGACCAACGAGUGCGACAGCAACCCCUGCAAGAACGGCGGCAGCUGCAAAGACUUGGAAAGCAAUUAUUCUUGUGAGUGCCCUCAAGGCUUCUAUGGGAAGAACUGCGAGAUCAGCGCCAUGACAUGCGCGGACGAGCCAUGUUUUAACGGAGGCACCUGCAUGGAGAGCGUGGUCGGUGGGUACAGUUGUCGCUGCCCGUCUGGGUAUACAGGCUCCAACUGCGAGAAGAAGAUCGAUAGAUGCAGCAGCAACCCCUGCGCCAACGGCGCUCAGUGUUUGGUCAUCGGUAAGCAUCUCGCGUGCCGUUGCCGGGCCGGCUUCACCGGCUCUCGCUGCGAGACCAACAUUGAUGACUGCGCAAGCAACCCCUGCGGCAACGCCGGCACUUGCGUCGAUGGCAUCAACGACUUCACCUGCACGUGCACACUCGGCUUCACCAGUAAGGACUGCUCCAUGCGCAUCAGCUUCUGCGACCACUUCCCCUGCGACAACGGUGGCGUGUGUUACACUCACUUCACUGGCCCCGUAUGCAAGUGCCCGCCGGGCUUCAUGGGCGCGCGCUGCGAGUACCCCGUCCCCAUGUCGACGACAAAACCGCCAAGGAAUGCCGAACCCCCUUCUGCUCUGAUUGCCGCCGUAGUCCUCGGCCUGGUGACGCUCACCCUGCUGGUUUUCGGUGCCAUCCACAUCCUGCGUCAGCUCCGAUGGGGCAGGGAGCUAACGGGCAUGACCACGUCGGUGAAGAACAACCUGGAGACGGUAAACAACCGCAACGCAGUGGUCAGUGGGGGCGGAUCCUAUAAUGGGAGCUUACCAGGGGCGCCGCUGUGUAGCCUGAGAGAGAAGGAGGCCUUCCUCAUUCCGGGGGGACAACUUAAAGUGUCCAAUAAGGAUGCAGCGUUGGUGGAGAACGGUGGUGACAACAAUGCCAUCUUCAAGAACCAAAUGGCUGACUGUAACCUGGCAAGAGACGAGCAGCGCCUGGCCAGGAACAAGUUUGACCUUAAGAAGUGUGACUCAUCCGUCAUCGUUCCUCCUCUCAGUUUUUCAAAGGACGGCCUGUAUCUCCCAGUUUUCCUCCUUCCGGAGGAAAUGGAGCACUGUGUGUUUGCUACUGAGGUAUAAUCUCCAGUUUUCAUACCGCAGGGGAUCUAUUACACUGAAGGCUUCAAAAGUGUUCCCCCAGAGGAUCUAUUCAACACAAUUUAUUCUAUUUAAUAUUUAUUUCUGCUGCUCAACAGAAAGAAAAUACGUUGUUUCUGCUUCAUUACUGACAAUGUUCAGAUGACAAUCUGUUAAGAAAGAAAGAGCAACAGAUGAGAGAGAAGAGGAAGAGUGAAUAACCUGCGUCGUUUGCACAAUUUAUCUUUUUUUGUACUCAAAUCUUAAUAUAAUAAUUCUGUCCGUUCAUCUGACUCCUCUUUGGAUCAAUCGAUAUUGGGAGGACAAAAAUAAUUGGAUGCGUCCACCAAUCGGAGACAGCGGUGCCUUAACUAUCCUUUCUAAUGACGUGUGUUUGAUGUGUCAAUCCAAUAGUCAGAGUUCUUGCUGAAUGGAACAGGAGAUGGAUAGUUUAUUUUGCGUCAAAUAAGUUUAACAUUUUCUGCCUGAGAGCUGAACUGGAAAACGUUUUAUAUAAAGAAAAAUCUCUGAAGUGCCUCUUUUUUAUGAAAAACUACAGCAGGACCCCUGAAUACAGAGGUUUUAUAUUUUUAUAUUGUGUCCAAAUUGUUUCUUUAUGAUCCCAAAAAACCUCUUUUGUAUCCACUCAAGGUCUUUCGACUGGUGAUGUAUUCUUAAACCCCUCAUAUGUACUAUUUAUAUCCCUGAUUCUAAUCGCAGUCAAAAUGUUUCCGCUUAAACAGGUAUCAGUCUGGUGAAAAGUCUAGCAUAGCUUUCAAAAAUAUAUUUUUUUAUCCUGCGAUAAAUACUUUUUGUACAACAAUCAAGGUUUUUCUCGAUUGUAGUGAAGUUUAUUUUUCUAUGAAUUCGAAAAGCAACAAAAAAUGAAACGUGCUGCCUUUUGUCUCUCACGCUGCCUUCAGCCAAUGCUGUCACAACCAACAGGAUCACAGCAGAGACAUGGGCAGCAUUUCCAAGGCUCUACGUGCCACUCAAUGAUUAGGGUUGUAUAUUUAGUAAAAAAGAAAACUUUGAAAGGCUCCAAAGAGAGUUGUUUUAUUACUUCUUUUUUAUUUCUUAUGAUACCAAAAAUAUGUGUAGUCGUGUCUUUGUACUAUCUUCAUUAAUUUAAAAAAAACAAUGCAAUGUGUACAUAUCCCCCAGAAGAUAGUUUCCUAUUUAAUUUUUCUUUUGUAAAUAAUGUUGUAUUUAUGAAAGAGAAAUGUAUAUAUGUCUAUGUUAAUGUGCCUGUUGUCUCAGUCAGAAUGAAAUAUAUUUUUUCAUAAAUACUUUGUAAAACA